AUCUGGUUUUGUACCACAAUCACGAUCAUCGCUGCACCCUCUACACUGAGAGUCCGAGGAGAAAAAUGUCGGCGGCUGCGUGCAUUUCGCAUCUUGUCCUGGCCAUCUGUCCUGGUCUGUAGCCGGCCAACCUCCCACCACAAGGCAAGAUGGCAGACGUCGAACACCUGAAGAGCCUCUUAACCGUACAUCCUGACUUCCCCAAGAAGGGCGUCAACUUCCUCGACAUAUUCCCCAUCCUCCGAGAUCCCGUCGCUUUCGAGUCCCUCAUAACACACCUCGUGCACCAUCUGACUUCGCAGACGAUCCCGCGGUCGUCGUCGAAGAAGAUCGAUGUCGUCGUCGGCCUGGAUGCGCGGGGGGCGGCGUUUGUGCCGGUGCGAAAGAAGGGCAAGCUGCCUGGGUCAUGUGUGACAGCGACGUACGAAAAGGAGUACGGUGCAGACUCCUUCGAAAUGCAAGAAGAGGCGAUCAAGGCAGGCCAGAACGUGGUAGUUGUGGAUGAUCUCAUCGCGACUGGCGGAUCUGCCAAAGCGGCGGGACAGCUCGUCAACAAGGUUGGGGGCAAAGUGCUCGAAUACCUCUUCAUCAUUGAGCUGCCUUUCCUCAAGGGUGCCCAGCAACUCGACGCACCCGUCUACUCCAUGAUCCAAGCGGACGACUGAUGCGCAUUUUUCUCAUGUUAAUUAGGAGGGUAGAAUCCAGAUGUCUCAGGCA